UGUUGCCAGGCCUGGAAUUCUUUGAGUGCUUUGAGAGGAGGUGUGGAGUGGAGCCCUCUGCGACUUGGUUGUAUCUAGUGAGCUGUGUGUGGUUGUGUCGAAUUUUACUGUACUGUGUAUAUGUGUAUGUAUCAGUGUGUGUAAGAGAGUUUGUGUUGACAGAUUGGCCUGUGUGUGAGUGCGUGUACACUUUUGCCUGUGUUUGUCAGUAUAUGUAGGAGUGUGUGAGUUUACAGGUUUGUAUGUGUGUAUGUGUUUGUAUGUGUGUAUGUCUUCUUGUGCGUAUGUGUAUCCCUGUGUGUAUGUGUGUAUGUGUCUGACAUGUGUUUUUCCAGCUUUGCUUGUGUGUAAGUAUGCGUGUUUUGUGUGAAUCUGGGUGUUUGUAAGAGUUUGUGUGAGUAUAAGUUCACUUCUGUGUAGUUCUGUGUGUGUGCCUGUGUGUGUGCCUGUGCCUGUGUGAGUGCCUGUGUGUGUAUGUGUGUGUGUGUGUGUGUGUGUGUGUGUGUGUCUGUGUGUGCACGUGCCCAUCCCCUUUUGCCCCUUGUAUCUAUAUUACCUGCACCUCAGUGCAAGAGAGUGUAGAGGCCAGAAGUCACCCCGGCUGCUGUUCCUGAGGUAGCAUUAGUACUGAUAAAAUGCCUACAGAGACUGAGGAGGAGUUACCAACCCCUACACCCGAGCCCAGUAUCUCUGAAGAGGGCAACUUCCAUUCCCAAUACCAAGUAUUGGGGACAAUUGGGCAAGGGGGCAACGCCAAAGUCCUCCUGGCCCACCACCAGCUCACAGGAACCCCGGUGGCUGUCAAAGUUCUGCGAAAGGACAAGCAGUGGUUCCAGCCAGCCAUGAUGGAAGCAAACAUAAUGAGAAAGAUCAACCACCCCAACAUAGUGUCUCUCAUACAAGUUAUUGAAAAGGAAACGAGAAUAUACCUCAUAAUGGAGCUGGUGGAAGGCCAAGAACUCUACCAGUACAUCAGAGAGUCAGGGCACAUAGAGGAGGAUGAGGCCCGGCAAAUAUUUGAACAGAUAUUGUCAGCAGUGAGCUACUGCCAUGGAAAGGGGAUUGUUCACCGAGACCUCAAACUGGACAAUAUAAUGAUUGAUAAAAACAAAAAGGUCAAAGUCAUCGACUUUGGGCUUAGCACCCAAUUUCAACCUGGAAAAAUGCUAAACCACCACUGCGGCACGUACUCCUUUGGUUCCCCUGAACUCCUCCUUGGCCAUCGGUAUGACGGGCCGAAGAAUGAUAUGUGGAUUAUAGGAGUGGUCUUGUACUGUAUGGUAGUGGGAAAGCUCCCAUUUGAUUCAGUGAUCAUCCAAGAACUGCAAAGACAAGUAGUGGCAGGGGUAUAUCCUGCUCCCUGUGGGGUUUCAAAAGAACUGGAGGACCUCCUUAGUAAAUUACUGAGGGUAAAUCUCAACUUUAGACCAACAGCAAGAAAGGCGAUGAAACACCCUUGGUUCAAAGAACACUGGAACGGAUUGAUAGGUCCCUAUGAAGAAAUGCUUCCCCUCACACCAGACCCGGCCAUUUUGGAUGCCAUGAAAAGCAUUGGAUUCCAAGCCUCUGUAGUAAAACACUCUUUAAAACAAAGAAAAUAUAAUGAGGAAAUGGCAACUUAUUUCUUUCUACAAAAGCAGGCUCUCCAGGGGGAUGGCUGCACAGCCCAGGCACAGCAAGUGAGUUCCCUUGCAGCACCAUUCCCUAGCCUUGAUCCUGCUGCUGCUUUUAGAUUAGAACCAAAGAGGAGUGGAAGCCUGCCAGUCCUUGGCACCUUGCGGGUGUCAUCCUCCCAUGGUCACGUAUCUCACUAUGGCCAGAAUGCUCAUCCAAAAGGAGGCAAAAGAUCCACUGUGGCUGGUCGUCUCAGGCCUCUACCGAUGACACCUACACAGGACCACUAUCACAAAUGUGCCGUGAGUGUCCCAUGCAUUCAAACAACAAGCAUCUUCACUGAGAAGAGUAGCAAUAAGGAAAUCAAAGAAGACAACCCACUCUCCAACAGAGCCCCACUUGAGGAUAAGCCCAUCCCCAGCAGGGUCCGGCACAGAGGUUUUAAGGGGUGGACCAGGAAUAUAGCAAAUGCCCUGAUAAAGCUGUGUUGCUGCAUGCCAAGGAGAAAGAAACCUCGCCUGGGGCAGAACAGAAUCUCCCCCCAGAAAUGAGCCACAGGGAGAGUCCAGAGAACAAGCAGCAGGCAUAGCCCAGUGUCAUCUGGAAAUUCUUUCAUGUCCUCAGUAUAAACAGUAGGUGAUUUCAGACACAUGGCAAUGGAAAAGACACCAGCAGAAACUACAGCAGCAACAGGAGUAGCAACAAUAGCAGAAGCAGCAUUAGGCACAGCAGCAGCAGGAGGAGGAGAACGAGGAGGGUAGGAGGAGGAGGAGGAGGAAGAUGAAGAGAGGAGGAGAAAGAAGAGGAGGAGGAGGAAGAGAAGGAAGAGGAGGAGAAAGAGGAGGACGAAGAGCAGGGGGAAUAUUUUGAUUCCCUGUCCCCGUGAGAAUUGCUGAUGACUACUUCUGGACACAGAUAUCAUGCUGAGAACUGUUUAUCAAAAUGAUUUAACAGAAUAUUAAUUUUCAUAGAAGACAUGUCAAUGUUCCUAAGGGCAUGCAGCCCGGGAAAAGAGAGCAAGAUGGCAGAGGCAAGCAGUGUGGAAUGUUCUUACUGAGGAAGACCUUCUCAAAGCUGAUGAUGUAAUAGGUAUGAAGGAGCAUUUCAUGGGAGUCACGGUCCCAUGCCCCUGUGUUAGGGCACACAGAGCUCCUAGCCUUGCAUCCUGCGUGAGAGGGGUCCUGGAAUAUUCCCUGAUACCAACAGGGUCCUGGAUUGCAUGGUUCCCCCUCAGUUAUGGUCCUCCCUGUGCCUCAUGGGGUACGCAGCUUCUAUGGGAUGAACUUAUAUCAGUGAUUAACUGGAGCUGGACCACAACCACACCACAGGCAAGCCCUGGACACUGAGGACAUUAAGAGCAGCAGACAACAUCUCCUCCACUGCUUCUGACUCUGCUCCACAAGGCAAGGCAGCUCCCACACAGCAGGCAUCCAGCCUAACUCCCAGCAGGGAGAGUGUGAGAUGUCUGUGGAUGAGCCCACAGGGACUACAGGAUUCUGUGGGAAGACAUCUGGUAGGUUCUGGAGCAGCUGCAGCAGCCAGGACACAUGAACUACAGUGGAGUUCAGAUCCUCAGCUGGCCUCAUCACGGACAGUCCCAUGAGGAGUGGGUGUUUGUUUCCUGCUUCACAGUUAGGGCAGGAACAAGCCCAGACGCAGUGAGUAAGGACAGUGCUUCUGUCUUGACCCAGCUUCCUUGUCCUCCCCCCUCCCCCAACUCAUACAGGAGCCACCCAGAGACCUUCAUAGGAGUGUGGGUCAUGUUAAUCGGAAUGCACAGCUGGAGAUUAAAUUCUGGGUAAGGUCUCCAUACAGCCCUGGUGGCUCCCACACCCUGCCUACCUAAGUUUUCCCAACUGGGUCCUCAAGGUCGUGGAGAAUCUUCUACAGGCUGCCCUGAAGAUACAGCCAGUUUCUUGGUAACAUUGUGUUUAGCAGAGGUUCUCUGCUUCAGGCACAGAGCCUUCCAGUGAGAGGGUUUGCUGAGUAGCACACCAGGACCAGAAAAGUGUAGAGCCCUCCAGUGGUAGACAUGAAGUACUGCAGGAGUUUAUUUCCUGAUUUCUUCACAUCUACCUUGUUCUAAAGGCUUUUUGUCAGACACAUAGGGACCUAAGAAACUUGAGUUUGCACCCCCAUAGGGAACCCAGGACACUAAACCAUCAGCCCUGUUAAACGUCGGCAGAGGACAGUCUGGGAUCUAUGUUUGUAGAAUGGCUCUAGAGUAGAAUGAAGACUGAUUGACCAGCCAGUCAAGGAGAGUUAGGGACAGUUAGAGACUUGGAGGAGAGCAUGAGCGGCAGACACAGCAGAGUCCAGGCCAACAGUGGAACCAGUUCAUUUAAUAGAGACGCAUAUGCCCUCCCAAAAGGCUAUCAGCUUAAGGCACUGCACUGAAGACCUGACCCAAUAACAUGCCCAAUUUACCCAUCACCCACCUGUGGCUUGUGUAGGGUCCUCAGGGUAGAUCCUAAAGUCCAUCAUGGCUGAAAGGCAAAAGUUUGCACAUCAUUGCAAUGUGGAGGCUACUCUCUGCUGAUGGGACCCACACAGUCUGCGAAAAAGUUUGCUUAAGUGAAAGUUGGCCCUCCUUGAACUCUCUGGUCUUCCAGGGUAGUUUGUGUUGACCACAUGCAGAGUCAUUCCUGAAAAACAUAAGUGCCAAAAUUCAACAAUAGGGAGAGAAUCCUGUGCCAGAUGGAAUCCUUCAGGCCAGUGCGGAUUUAGAGACAUCCUAUGCCAUGGCAUGGAGGCUCCCAAGGACUUCUAGGAUCAAUGUGAGCCAUACAAGAGCCCACAGUCCAUCCUGGGAGAACAUUAAUGUAUCUGGAAUUAUCAGGGACCCUAAGGUAGGUUCGUCAGGAUAUGGAGCUGAUGCAUGGUGGGAUGCUUGGAGGAUACAGCCUAAGGCAAUGUAGAGGAAAGUGUGUUAUGAGAGCUAAGACAGAGCAACCACACAGUCUGAGAACAAGUUUGCUUAAGUGCAAUUUGGCCGUCCUUGAACUCUCUGUUCUUCCAGGGUAGGAUGGCCUAUCGGGCCCAGGACAGAGCGACUAUGCCAGAAUUACAAUGGUCUGUAAUAGAGAUGGAGAAGGUGUCAGGAUGGGACUUGGGCAGUGGAUGGAGCUCUAUGACUGCAAAGCCUGCCUAGGCUCCAAGGACCCAGAGCUGGCUGCUGCAGGAAGUCCUAGAUUACAACUCUGCAGUUCCUCUUCCCAGGUCUUGCUUUUAACUACUGGACCCAACACAAAGCCUCCCUUGCAGGCUUACCAGAGCAUGAAAAUGAAAUGGCCACCUCCUGUAACAAGAAAGACUUCUAGAAGAGGAAGGAGACAUCAAUACAUUCACAAAACCUUCAACUCGAAAUCUGUCUUGCCAAUAAGUGUGCAGGGAUAAAGACAGAUAAAAGUAGCACACCUGUCUCCAGAGGCUUCACUCAGCAGUUGAAAGCCACAGCCAAUCCUCAGAUGGAGCUCAGGAAGUCUUGUGGAAGAGUGGGGGAGAGUGCCAAGCAAACUGGUUGGGUUAAAACACUACAAGAAGUCCCCUACAGUCAGAUACCUUGGACCAUGGAGUAUGCUAGAGCCUGUGCAACCAACCCCAGAGCCGGGUUAGCUAUCUGCCGUUGGUCUCCAUGUGGGUCAUCUGACAAGUAGAUCCAGGACUGUCUGUCUGUGUUGCCUGCAUUGGAUCUGUUCCCCAUACCCGGACUGCCUGAUUGUAAAUCUGUGGGGCAGAAUGUGCUCGGUCCACCUGGGACUAGAAGUCCCGGGGUGGUGUGGUACCCAAGGGACUCUCCCCUUGUCUUAAGAGAAGGGAGAGCAUUAUGGUAGAAAGGAUUUUAAGGUGGGACUGGGAAGGGAAGAGGGAGAGUGACUGGGAUCAGGAUGUAACCUGAAUAAAGAAGAAAUUAUUGGAACUAAAAAAGUUAGCCUGGAAAAUGGAAAGAUUGGUAAGUGGCUAAGAGCACUGAAUGCUCUUCCAGAGGUCCUGAGUUCAAAUCCCAGCAAACACAUGGAGGCUCACAAAUGUCUCUAAUGACAUCUGAUGCCCUCUCUGGUCUUUCUAAAUACAGCUACCCUGUACGUAUGUAUAACGAAUGAUUGAAUGAAUGAAAGAAUGAAUAAAUAAAUAAAUAAAUAAAUAAAUAAAUAAAUAAAUAAAUAAAUA